AUGCCUCCAUUACUAAUUCAAAGUCAGUCUCGAUCCGCUAUUCCUAGUCGCCAAUCAAAUGCCUCUCCUAAAGCAAACGUGCCGGAAGUCCCGGAGUCCGAUUUCGUGAUGAAAGUCUUCCAAGGCCAGCAAGCUAUCAUGGAUAGUCAAGCCGGGAUAGCUGAGCUACAAGGCAAAAAUCUCGAAAUGCAACUCAACAACUAUCACACCGUACUCGAGGUUACCGACAAGAUGCAACACACUAUCAGUCACAUGCAGCAGAUCCAAGAAGAUGUUCAAGUCAGUGACAAGAUUGCUUUUGCAGCUGGAUUUGGAUGUGGUCUUCUCGUAUGCUUGGCCAUCUGGAUCUCGCCCCUGAGUGGAAAGGAAAAGGAUGAAGAUGCUGAUAAAUGA